AUGGCCAUGGCCCGGCGGGCUGCCUUCAGCGCUAGCGGCCUAGCAACAGGGGUCCUUUUGGCGGACCAUCUGCGCCGUCAUUGGGUUUCUGGGACCGCCAGGUAUGCCAGGUGUGAAGCGAGCGACAAGCGUUUUGAGCUGGUGUCAAAGGAGAAAUACCUGGAAUCGAAGCGGGCGGCAUCGACGAAUUACUUCCAGGCGCCGGGUGGCAUGAGAUGCUGCGACCUGAAGAUCGGGUCCGGGGAGGAGGUCGCCGAGAAGGGCUGGCUCGUUUGCAUCCACUUUGAAGGAAAGUGGCUCAACGGAAAGGUGAUUGAGUCCUCCUACAAUGCCGGGCCGAGUCCACUGUGCAUUGAGGCCGGGAACUCACCCGAAUUUCCUGCACUCGGCGAAGGGGUGCUGGGCAUGCGCUCAGGAGGGCGACGGGAGCUCAUCAUCCCGCCCAGCAUGAACCGUGCUGGUGUGGAGGAGGUGAUGAUUUACAUAGUCGAAGUGGCGAGUGUUGCGCAGCCAACCUCUGACGGAACCGUGCAUCAGCACGAGAGACCACCGCAGCACGCGAACGAGGACAUGUUCUCCAGCGCACCCUGGUUGCAAGACGGGCAAGACCACAGCAGGUCAAACCUCAUUGGUGCAGUCAGCCGCGUUCGGAACAACUUAGCAAUGAGUACCCACCGCUUCUUCCAAGACCGAGGGUUCUUGUAUGUGCACACCCCCAUUAUCACCACGGCAGAUUGCGAGGGAGCUGGUGAGAUGUUCCGCAUCAGUGCUGAGAAGGGAGAGGAGGCGAUCGAAAGCAAGGCCGCAACGGACAGCGAGGAGUUCUUUGGUCGAGCGGCAUAUCUUACGGUCAGCGGGCAGUUGGCAGUGGAAAACUUCUGCUGCGGGCUGGGUGAUGUUUACACCUUUGGCCCUACUUUCCGUGCUGAGAAUUCCAGCACUACUAGGCAUCUGGCCGAGUUCUGGAUGAUCGAGCCAGAGAUUGCCUUCGCCAACUUGGAGGACGACAUGGACUGCGCGGAAGCUUUCAUCAGGUUCUGUGUGUCCAAUGUCCUGGAGUCCUGCAAGUCUGAUGUCAACUUUUUCAACCUGCGGGUAGACAAGGAGAUCCAGGAGAGGCUGGAGCUGAUUGCUUCCAAGCCCUUCGCCCGCAUGAGCUACACGGAGGCAGUGGAGGUCCUGCAGAAGCACAUCAAAGCCGGGGACGUGAAGUUCGAGUUUGAAGUCGAAUGGGGCAAGGAGCUUCAAACAGAACACGAGAAGUUCCUCACCGAUGUGGUGUGCAAAGGUCCCUGCAUCGUCUACAACUAUCCCAAGGACUGCAAGGCUUUCUACAUGAGGCUCAACGAGGACGGCAAGACGGUGGCUGCCAUGGACCUUCUGUGCCCAGGAUACUGCAAGUCAUGGAUCUUCAUGGCGCAAGCGCCCACUUCCCUGAUCCCUGGAUUCGAGGAAUUGGAGAGCUUGUAG